AUGAUGAAGAGAACCGCGCGUCCGGCCACCAGACGGGCUGAGAUCCAACGCCUCUACCAAUGCUACACCGCAGACCAGCUUACCCUGGCUGCCAGCUCCCUCCUCCGCUUCCUCCACAGGGAGCAGAUGGAGCUCACAGCCAAUCAGGAGACGGUGGAGCGUUUGAUUGACAGAUAUGAGAUUGACAAGACAGCGAGGACCGACCGGGCCAUGACCUUCGAGGGGUUCCACCGCUACAUGGAGUCCAAGGACUGCAGUGUGCUGGACCAGAGCCACACGGUGGUCUACCAGGACAUGGACCAGCCCCUCUGCCACUACUUCAUCUCCACCUCACACAAUACCUACCUCACCGGGGACCAGCUCGUGGGCAAGAGCCACCUGGACGCCUAUGUUAGCGCCUUAAGGAAGGGCUGCCGCUGUCUGGAGAUCGACUGCUGGGACGGUCCCAACACGGAGCCCGUCGUGUACCACGGUUACACCCUCACCACCAAGAUCCUCUUCAGGGACGUCGUGAGCACUGUGGAGCAACAUGCCUUCGAGGUGUCUCCCUACCCUGUGAUCCUCUCGCUGGAGAACCACUGUUGCCAGGAGCAGCAGGUAGUCAUGGCCCAGUACCUCAUCUCCAUUCUGGGGGAGAAACUACUUAAAACCCCCCUGGAUCUCCCCACCUCUGGAGAACUGCCAAGUCCAAAUGACCUGAAGUACAAGGUUCUCAUUAAGAACAAAAAGAUCAGAGCUCCGAACGAGGCAGGGGAGGAGGCAGCGAGCAGGGAUGCAGACGAGAGCGAGGAAGAAGAGGAGGGAGAGGAAGGCGAGGAAGACGAGGGAUCUGCAGAGCCAUCAAAGUUCUGCUCCCGUCUCAGCGUAGCAAACCGUCUGUGCUCUGAUCCUCACGCCUAUGUACCCAAGGUGAAGAAGGUGAUGGUGGCAGAGGCUCUGUCUGACCUGGUCAUCUACACCCAGUCGGUGAAGUUCACUAGCUUCAGCCAUGCCCGGCUCCACCAGACGCCCCACCAGAACACCUCUAUGGGGGAGAAGAAGGCACACAAGCUGGCCAGGGCCUCAGGUCGAGACUUCAUCCUCCACAACCAGAGGUGUCUCAGCAGGAUCUACCCGGCAGGCUCCCGGACCUCCUCCUCCAACUAUAACCCCCAGGAGUUCUGGAGCAUUGGCUCUCAGCUAGUGGCACUCAACUUCCAGUCCCUGGGUCUGCCCAUGGACCUGAACGGGGGUCGUUUCCAGGACAACGGUCGCUGCGGUUACGUCCUGAAGCCUGCGGCACUGCGGCGGUCAGGGCAGGGGAACUCCGCCUCCUCCCUGCAGGGCCCCAGACCCACACAGCUACUGCUGAAGGUCAUCAGUGGCUCCCACCUGCCCGUUCCCAGGAGCGGGAAGACCUUGGACUCUUUCGUCAGAGUGGAGGUCCAUGGUGUGCAUUCUGCGUGCAGAAAGAACACGGACACGGUGAAGAACUCUCUGAGUCCUUGCUGGGACGCCUCCAUGAACUUCAGCGUCAGCGACCCUGGGCUGAGCCUGCUGCGCUUCUCUGUGCGGGACCAAACGGGCCUGCUGUCCAGCGAGCUGGUGGGCCAGUACUGCCUGGCCUUCAGCAGCAUGAAGAGAGGGUACCGCUGGCUGCCUCUGCUGUCCAGGGAGGGGUUCAGCAUGGACCCAGCCUCCCUCUUCGUCUUUGUGUGGUGCUCCUAA